AUGAUGGAGUUCCCACUCCCGUCAAAUUUCGUUAUUCUAUGUGAAUCACCGAGAAAGCCGAUGGAUUCCAACAAUAAUAGUUCGCUGAACAGAGCCUCCAAGAUUGCAGCUAGAAAGACAUCCAGAGUGUACCCAGCCGGAUUUGAAGUAUUGAGACCGAGACUUGUUACUGGAACCAAUAUACCCAUUGACCAAAGGAAAGGAGUGUUCGGAGAGGCUGUAGAAGUAGAAAGUUUGGAGGACGGACAACAUUACGCAAUAAAACGUGCGCUUCGUACAUUCGAAAGCUCAACAAGUCGUCAGAACAAACUGCGUGAAGUACUUGUUCACGAAUCCAUUCCACAUCACACGAAUAUCUUGCGAUUGGAGAAAGCUUGGGAGGAAAGAGGCAGGCUCUACAUUCAAACGGAACUGUGCAGUGGAAAUUUGGCAGAUUAUCGUCGGAAUUUCGGAUUAUUGACGGAGAACGAACUUUACUUGGUUCUUCUGAGUGUCCUGAAGGCGGUGGAACACCUACACUCUCUCAGCAUACUUCACUUGGAUAUUAAACCAUCCAACAUUCUAAUUCACGAAAGUAGUUGUAAGUUAGGAGAUUUUGGGUUAGCAUAUAACUUAAUGCAGAAUCCCACAGGUUAUGGUGAAGAAGGUGAUAAGUAUUACAUGGCACCAGAAAUACUAAAUAGCUGUCCUACUACAGCUGCAGAUAUCUACAGUGUAGGGGUAACUAUGUUGGAAGUAAAUCUCAGCACAGAUCUCAUUCAACUAAUCAAAUCGAUGCUUGUUGUAAAUCCGUUAAAGCGUCCCUCAGCCGGCAAGCUACUACAUGACUUAGAAAGGAAUGCACGACCACUGACACGCUUCAGGACUAUGGAGAAUUCGCCAGCGGAUUCGUCACUUUCCGGUGUUGAAGAUGUUGACUGGAAUUUUGAUAUCACCGGUACGUUGAGUAAGAAAUUUGAAAUACUGAUUGUCAAAUUUUCUUCAUGCCCAAAAGCCAGGAAACUGACAUACCAGUCCGAACUCCCUAAGAUAAGAAGUUUUCGGUCUCGGUUGGACUUCAAUGAAGACGAUAGCGAUUGCGGUGCUUCCAAGAAAUUGAGAAGGUGCGGAGUGUCAAGUUAUGGAGGAAAAGCGGACAACAAUACAAGAGCUAAACGUGUUCUGUCGCCGUUUGGCAUUCCACCACAUGGACACAGGCGAAAACGAGGUUAA